AUGAAGUUGCUAGGAAGGUCAUUCAUUGCUUCCAGUAUUCGUCUGCUCUCUUCGCGGCAGCCAAAAUCACUUUUCUCAACUCUGAAGUACCAGACCUUCCCACAAUGUUCUGUUUGCAAUUACAAGCAAAUUACUCAGCUGUCGUGCACAGUUAUACAACAGAGGUAUGUUCACACACCGACAAUAGCUGAUCAGGAAAGUAUGUCACCCUGGCAACGAAUCAAAUUGAAAAUGGGUUUUCAUGGGAAGUUACAAUAUCCCAAAAUGAGACUUGUUCUUUCUGGCUGCAACCUCUAUAUUUGUUGCACAGACUGUAUAGAUUUCUCUGAAUUCGUGAAAGUUCUGAAUAUACCAGACACAUUCAACUCAUGGUUCCUGUUGCUACAGUUGCAUUUAUGGAUGGUUAACGUCAAAGUAUCACAGAUGGGCCAGGAGGGUGCCAUCUUGAAAGAAAAUAUGUAUAAAUCUAUGUGGCAGAACGUAGAGCAAAGGUUACAGAAAUUUCAGGACCUCACGUCAAGUGAUAGGAAGGAAGCUAUGGAAAAUUACAGAAGCCUCAUGUUUUUAUCCAUCCUUUAUUAUGAUGAGGGUCUGAUGGGCUCUGAUAAGCAGUUAGCAAACUCCUUGUGGGUUCAGCUGUUUGCCAUGGACCCAAACAUCGGAGCUGAGCAACUGGAGCUGAUGGUGAAAUAUGUCCGAAAACAGGUCUACCACCAUGACAGUCUUGAUCCCCUGCUCAUCCUGAAGCCAGGCUACAUCUCCUUCCUGCCCCUUGUAAGCGACAAACUGGAUCCUAAAAAAGUGCAGCGGGAUCUUCACUACGUUACAGACAAACAAUGA